GGGGGGCCGGGCAGCGCUGGCCCCGCCGGAGCCGAGCCGGGAGCCGGGGCUGCACCGGGAGCCGGGCCGGGAGCCGGGCCGGGGCCGAGCCGAGCCGGGCCGGGUCCCUCCGGGCUGCUCCGGUCCCUCGCUGCGCCGUGGGAGCUGGGUGCUUUGAGCGAUGAGCCUGCCCUGGGAGAGCCCCGCUGCUGGCACCUCGGGGACCCCCUGAACUGCACCGGGAGAGGAGCCCGCCGGCAGGUGGAAUGGGGCAGCCAUGAACGGCGAUGCCCUGUGCCAGGAGCCCUCCUCCCCGCUCCCCGACUGGCGCGAGUUCUGCGAGCUGCACGCCCAGGCGGCCGCCGUCGACUUCGCCCAGAAGUUCUGCCAGUUCCUGAGGGAGAACCCCCACUACGACACCCCCGGCGCCGAGGCCUCCUUCUCGCACCACUUCGCUGCCAACUUCUUGGAUAUCUUCAGCCUGGAGGUCAGCCGGGUCUUCGUCUCUGACUCGCCCACCAAGUACAACAUCGUGCCCUUCGUGGGGCUGCAGAACUGCCACGUGCCCUACGGGCGUGAGGUGGCCCAGCGGAAGGAGGAGACCUCCACCGAGUCCCUGGACAGCAUGGAGGCCCCGCUGGGCGCCGGCCGCUACCUCAGCCCGGCGCAGCAGGCCCAGGCGCGCAAGGUGUCCUCCUACGGCCAGUCCCGCAGCUCGGAGGAUGUCUCCGUCCAUGCCGCCGCCAAGCCCAAGUUCAAGAAGGGCUUCUCCUUGAGGAACAUGAGCUUGUGCGUGGUGGACGGCAUGAAGGAGAUGUGGCACCGCAGGUCUUCUCCGGAGCCGGGUGCCGAGGCCGCGCCGGGCGGCAGGAGGGCCGAGAGGGAGCCGUGGGCAGCCGGGGGCAAGGAGCCCGGUGACCCGCGGGAGAAGUGGACACACAAACUGCGGCUCUCCAAGGCUCAGUCCUCCAAGGUGGAGCUGGUGGACAUCCAGCGGGAGGGGACGCUGCGCUACAUGGUGGCCGACGACACGAACUGUGUGGGGAGCUCGCAGUGGCAGAAGUGCCGCCUUCUGCUCCGCAAGGCGGUGAAGGUGGAGGGGGAGAGGUUCCUGCUCGAGUUCUACGUCCCUCCGAAGGCUUCCAAGCCCAAGGUGAGCAUCCCGCUGUCAGCCAUCAUCGAGGUGCGGACCACCAUGCCUCUGGAGAUGCCCGACAAGGACAACACCUUCGUCCUGAAGGUGGAGAACGGUGCCGAGUACAUCCUGGAGACCAUCGAUUCCCUGCAGAAGCACUCCUGGGUGGCAGAUAUCCAGGACUGCAUCGACCCCGGGGACAGCGGGGACGACAUCGAGCUGGCCUCCUGCGCGCAGGGAGCCUGCCUGCCGGGCAGGGCGUCCUCCUGCAGCUGCGAGUUUCUGGCUGACGAUGUGCACAGGCCACCAGACAGAUGCGCCCUACCUGGUGCUCACAACGCUGCUGCCACCUCCGUGUCCGCGCCCCACAGCAGGGGCAGGGACUCCCUGGGGGAGCUGCUGGCCCACGUCCCGCUGGAGAGCUUCCUGCAGACACUGGAAUCGCCCCCCACCACCGGCACAGGGGAGGACAGCGAGGCGGAGGCAGAGGUCAACCUCUCCGACUUCCCCUGGUUCCAUGGGACUCUCUCGCGGAUCAAGGCGGCUCAGCUGGUGCUGCUCGGCGGUGCCAGGAGCCACGGCUUGUUCGUCAUCCGGCAGAGCGAGACACGGCCCGGGGAGUACGUGCUGACCUUCAACUUCCAGGGGAAAGCGAAGCACCUCCGCCUAUCGCUGAACGAGAGCGGGCAGUGCCACGUGCAGCACCUCUGGUUCCAGACCAUCUUCGACAUGCUGCGCCACUUCCACACGCACCCCAUCCCGCUCGAGUCAGGCGGCGCGGCCGACAUCACGCUCCGCAGCUACGUGGUGGCCCAGAGCCCGCUGCCCGAUGCCGGCCCCCCGCCAGCCCUCGUGCCGCAGCCACCGGGCUGCCGAGCCGACCUGCCACCCCCGCACUACUUCUGCAGCACAGCGCCCGCCGCCCCGCCGGCCCCACCACCCACCGAGGGGGUGGCCACGGCCCCCGCCGUCCCUGUCCCCGCACCCUACCACCGCCUGGAGGGUGCCCUGGGCCCCCGGAGCCGCAGCGACAGCGCCGAGCGCCGGCCAGAGCCCCCAGCCGCCGGCGCCGAGGACUACCACGAUGCCGACGGUGCCCGCAGCCGGACCCGGGCAGUGGAGAACCAAUAUUCCUUCUACUGAGCCCCCCGAGGGCAGGAUGGCAGGGGGGCACAGGUCACCCACACCUCGCCACCACACCAGCCUCGCUGCCACCACCGCCACCUCCUGCCACCACCAGCACCGUGGCCAGAACCUCCUUCUUGCUCGCUGCCGCUUUCCGGAGCCGUGUGAGCGGCGGGCGAUGUCCCGGCCAGUCCCAGCCCCGAGGCUGGGGUGGCGCUGGGGGGUUUGGGAGGCUGAAAGCAUCAGUGCCAUUUCGGAGCUUGCAGCGUUUUCCCUUUCCCUCCGGACCAAGAGCUCUCCUGGGACCGAGUCAGCAUGGGGCUCGGGCGUUUUGGGAUGAUUGUGGGGACGGCAGGUGCCCCCCAGGGGCUGAUCUCGCACGUGCCCAUCUGUGCGCAUCCCAGGGGCAUGCGUUUCAUUUGCUCUGCCAGGAGAAGGCAUUUUUCACAGCCGAAGGUCUCAUUGGAGGAAGGUUUUUCCUGCUGUCCUGCCACUUCUGUUCCUUUGUCCUUUCUCUCCUUGUAGCUGGAGACUCCCUGAAUAACCCCUUUCUUCCUCCCUCUCUUCCUUGGCUUUUGAAACCUUGGCUGCCUGCAAGGGCAUCAGCUCAGCCUGCUGCCUCCUUUCUGCUGCAGCUAGGCAAUCAUUUCCAGUGCUCAAGGCAAACCUUGAAAAA